UGAAGUUAUCUACAAAAAAAUCCAAAUCAUACAAUAAUUGUUCCUAAUAAUUCAUUAAUAAAAAUAUCUUGAAACGUUUUUCAUGACCUAGCGUAAUUUUUUAUUAUUGUGUACAGUAACAAGAUAUUUGUUUAUAAAAUACCAUCACGUAUUAAACAUUAAACAACCUCGGUGAAAUUAUUAAACAUAGGUAUUAAAUGACAUAUGACAGCUGAUGUCACUUUUGACAGAGGGAGUAUUUAACCUUCUUCUUGUGUUUAAACUGUUAAAGUUUUCAAGUUAAAAAAUAGUGAUGUAGGUGUGUUGAUCCAUUGUGAUAAACUUCUGGAAUUAUGGCUUGUUUUUGGUUCAGCCAAAAUGAUACUAAGAUUGAAAUACCAAACACGGAGGAAAUUAAUAAUAUUACUUAUUACAAAAUUGUCGUCACUGUGGGAGAGAUUAAAUGGUACGUCCUUCAUCGUUACAGCGAAUUCUUUGAUUUACAUAAUCAGCUGGUUACUGAUCAUGGAGUCUCUAAAGAUAUUCUACCUUCAAAAAAAGUUAUUAGGAAUAAAUGCCCCAUUUUCAUUGAAAAUCGUAGAAAAGGACUUGAGGAGUAUUGUCAGAAAAUUUUGAGCUACUUGAAGAGGACGAUGCCUAGGAUAUUUAUAGAAUUUUUUAAUUUCCACAUUUAUGAUAUAUUUUUUCUACUGCAAAAUUUGGCCUUGAGAUUUUUUCUGGAAGGAGAUAUUUUAUUAUCUUCAAGUAAAAGUUAUACACUUACUCCGUUGGAACUGCAUGCAGUGAGUGAAUGUUUGAAAAAACCAUUUCCACCCAUUGAAAACGUUGACAGUAGAUAUGAUUUUACACAUGUUUUGGAUCUGUAUUCACAGUUAAAAGCAUUAACAAUUAAUGGAAGUGGAACUGCGUAUCUUAAUAGUAAUAUUAUUCCAAACCAACUGCCAUUUGAAUUGGCUUCAUUUAAGGAAUUGACGUCAUUAGUUUUGGUCAAAGUGUCUUUGGAUAAAAUAACGUCUCUAGGUAAUUUAAGGAGUACAUUACAAAAGCUCUAUGUUCACAAUACAAGUAUGAGUAGUAUUAGUCAAAUUUUACAAUGUGAUGUUUUACACAAGUGCACUCUAGAUACAAACCAAAUUUGGACCAAUGUAACAAUAGUAAACUUGACAAAUAAUAAUUUAAUAGAAAUAGAUAAAACGAUAAGUUUGGUGCCUAAUUUAAAAACCUUAAUUUUAGAUUCAAAUAAAAUUUCAUGUAUAUCAGGCCUAUCAGAAUUGUCAAAUUUAUCACAUUUAAGUUUAUCAAAUAAUCUAAUUUCAAUAUGUAAUCAAUUACAUACAAAAAUUGGAAACAUACUAACUUUAAAUUUAUCCCAAAACAGUAUUUCUUCUUUAAAGGGUUUUAGAAAACUAUAUUCUUUGGUAACUUUAGAUCUAAGUUGUAAUAAAAUUGAUGAUAUUGAUGAGAUUACCUAUUUAGGCGAUUUACCAUGUUUAGAAAAUUUAAUUUUGACAGGUAACUGUGUAGCUACUACAAUUGAUUAUAGGAUUAAAGUUCUAGAACACUUUAAAGACAGAGCUAAAGAUAUUUGUUUAGAUAAUGAAAAACCUACUCAAAGCGAAUUAGACAAAGUUUCCGUUUUGCGUGCUUUAAGAAUUGUCAAGGAAGGAAAGGCUCCAGAUUUAACAAAUAAUGCCUACAUUUAACCAAAAUUUGUUUUUGGCAAUUAGCGGAAAGUAGAUACUCUGUAAUGUUUUAUAUUUUUUAUGUCCACAAUAAAUAGAGUAAUGAUCAUGUGU